CUCACCGUAGCCUGCCGUUAACAGAGAAUACAGGAAGUCACCCAUGGUGAGGCGAGAGAGAAAAUAGUAUUCCAUUUUAGGCAGACAAUGGCCUCCGGUGACGGAAUUCAGAUACCGAGCCGCCUGCCGCUGCUGCUGACCCAUGAAGGGGUGCUGCUCCCGGGCUCCACCGUCAGAUUCAGCGUGGACUCUCCGCGGAACAUGCAGCUGGUCAGCCAGCGGCUUCUGAAGGGAACUUCUCUGAAAAGCACUAUCAUAGGAGUGAUUCCCAACACCAGAGACCCAGAGCAAGACACCGACGACCUUCCCAGCUUGCAUAAAAUUGGUACAGCAGGUAUAGCAGUGCAGGUUGUGGGCAGCAACUGGCCAAAGCCCCACUACACCCUCCUCAUCACCGGACUGUGUCGCUUCAGUGUGACAAGUCUGCUGAAGGAGCGACCCUUUGUCCUGGCAGAGGUGGAGCAGCUGGAUAAACUGGAGCAGUACAUGACCCCAGCCUCAGAGGGGGUCACACCAGAAGAUGUAGAGCUGGGGAAGCUGUCCCACAAGUUCUACCAGGCGGCUAUACAGUUGUUAGGCAUGUUGGACAUGUCUGUUCCAGUGGUGGCUAAGUUCAGGCGACUGCUGGACAGUCUGCCCAGGGAAACUCUCCCUGAUGUGGUAGCCUCCAUGAUCCGCACCUCAAACAAGGAGAAACUCCAGGUCCUUGAUGCAUUAAGUUUGGAGGAGCGAUUCAAGAAGGCUCUGCCCAUGUUGACCAGACAGAUAGAGGGACUGAAGCUGCUGCAGAAAACCAGAAAAAAAAGUCCUGACAAUGAGAAGACGGUGUUAUCAGUUCGUAAAGGUGGAGUGUUCCCGGGCCGGCAAUUUAACCUGGAUGAGGAAGAUGAAGAUGAGGAUGGCGAUGACACUGCAGCCUUGGAAAGGAAGCUCCACAGAGCCAAAAUGCCUGAAGCUGCACUUAAAGUUUGCCUGAAGGAGCUCAAGAGAUUAAAAAAGAUGCCUCAGUCCAUGCCUGAGUUCGCCCUGACCAGAAACUACUUGGAUCUGAUGGUAGAGUUGCCAUGGAGCAAAAGCACUAAAGACUGCCUGGACAUCCGAGCCGCUCGCACUCUAUUGGACAACGACCACUAUGCCAUGGAUAAGCUGAAGAGACGUGUGCUGGAGUACCUGGCUGUGAGACAGCUGAAGACUUUACUGAAGGGACCCAUCCUCUGCUUCGUGGGGCCCCCAGGAGUAGGUAAGACCAGUGUGGGACGGUCCAUAGCGAGGACUCUGGGCAGAGAGUUUCACCGCAUCGCUUUGGGAGGCGUCUGUGACCAAUCGGACAUCCGAGGACACAGGCGCACGUACGUAGGGAGCAUGCCGGGCCGCAUCAUCAACGGUCUGAAGACGGUGGCCGUCAAUAACCCCGUGUUCCUCCUGGACGAGGUGGACAAACUGGGGAAGAGCCUGCAAGGAGACCCUGCAGCGGCCCUUUUAGAGGUCCUGGACCCGGAGCAGAACCACAGCUUCACUGACCAUUACCUCAACGUGGCCUUCGACCUGUCGCAAGUGCUCUUUAUUGCCACAGCAAACACCACAGCCACCAUCCCCCCCGCCCUGCUGGACAGGAUGGAGGUGCUGCAGGUACCAGGCUACACUCAGGAGGAGAAGGUGGAGAUAGCACACCGUCACCUGAUCCAAAACCAGCUGGAGCAGCAUGGGUUAACCCCUCAACAGCUGCAUAUACCACAGGACACCACACAGAAUAUCAUCAGCAGUUACACCCGGGAGGCGGGCGUGCGCUCCCUUGAGAGGAAGCUGGGGGCGAUCUGCCGGGCCGUGGCUGUGAAGAUCGCUGAAGGUCACACAGUCACAAAGACGGAGGCUCUGAGCCCGGAGAACCCAGCGCAGCGGGGGGACAUUGCCGCGCCGCCAGAGAUGCCCAUCAUGAUCGACCACGUGGCCCUAAAAGACAUCCUGGGGCCCCCUCUGUUUGAGAUGGAGGUGUCUGAGCGGCUCACCCUUCCCGGCGUGGCUGUCGGUCUGGCCUGGACGCCGCUGGGGGGGGAGAUCUUGUUUGUAGAGGCCAGUCGGAUGGAGGGGGAGGGCCAGCUCACUCUGACAGGUCAGCUGGGAGAUGUUAUGAAGGAAUCCGCACAUCUGGCUAUCAGCUGGCUCCGAGCCAACGCUAAGACCUACCAGCUCACCAACAUGGUGGGAGGGCCAGACCCUAUGGAAGGGACGGACAUCCACCUCCACUUCCCUGCUGGAGCCGUCACCAAGGAUGGCCCUUCUGCAGGUGUUACCAUAGUAACCUGCCUAGCCUCGCUGUUUAGCGGUCGAUUGGUCCGAUCAGAUGUCGCCAUGACGGGCGAGAUCACGCUGCGAGGGCUGGUGCUGCCUGUGGGGGGGAUCAAAGACAAAGUUUUGGCGGCACACAGAGCGGGAGUGAAGCGCGUCAUCCUCCCGAAACGCAACGAGAAGGACUUAGUGGAGCUACCAGCUAACGUCAGAGCCGACCUUGACUUUGUCAUCGCCGCCAACCUGGAUGAUGUUCUGAACGGCGCCUUCGACGGAGGCUUCCCGGGAACAGCCGGCACACACACACAGCCUCAGCUGAGCAGCAAACUGUAACACACUGAGGAACACACACACACACACACACACACACACACACACACACACACACACACCCACACACACCACACACACCAACACACACCCACACACACACACACACACACACACACACACACACACACACACACACAGUGAGAGUCUGAAGUGAGAGAAGCAUGUUGUAGUCCAACAGAGGAGUGCGUCAUCAUCCUCGACUUCUAGGAGUGUAGGGUUUUUCCCUGAUUUGUCAGUGUGCACAGCUGAUAUACUGAGAAGUCCGGUUGUUGGAGGAGUAUGAGGGAAAAAACAAGAGGAUUUAUUUUACAUUUUGAGAAAACUGCCAAACUUUCAAGAAUAAUGUCAACAUAACAGUGUAUGCGCUAACACUGGUACUUUGAUUUAUUCCCAGAAAAGUUCAAACUUAUUCUCCAAAUGGCUAAUACAACUAUUUCCUACAUGGUUUUGGACUUUAUUCUCCACAUUUGGAAUGUAUUCUCGAAAUGCAAAAUAGAUCAACAAUUUCCCUUGUUUUUUUCCCUUUUAUGCUUGGACCUAAUACUCCUUCGAACAAAGCAUGAUUUUCCUAUUGAAGAGAUAAUUUGAGGUAAUUGCUCCAAAUUCCCAUUCAAGCCCUGAAGGAGAAUUAAAUUGACUCUGAACUCUGUUAUGGGAAUUCUUAAUGGUGUCAUUGGCAGGGAGGAUUCUGGUAGCGUCACCGCUGUGUUGGGAUUCAGCCUCACUGCUGUGUUGGGAGCAUUAGUGGAAGGAAUGGGAACGUAUUGAAUUAGAACAUUGGCUAGCACCUAAACCACUUGCUGAUUUAGUUUGAUUGACACAGUGUGGGCUGAAAAGUAAAGGCAAAGCCACCUGCUGAGCUGGCGUGUAUGUGAUGAUGUGUUCUGUUUGUAUUUAAUCACACAUUGGGAACAAGUCUGAUUUCAGCUUCAGUGGGUAUUGAAAAUACAUAUUGUGAUGUAAGAGCACAUUUUAUAACAACUAACAGAAAAGGCUACAUUUAGUUUGAUCAUAUUAUGAAUACUCAGGCCUCAACAAUGCUUCUGGACAAAUAUGUUGAGAGAAUCCAAAAUGCCAUUUUUGUGGCAGAAUGAAUUGGACUCAGUAAAAGGAACUUGCAACACAAAUGUAGUGAGAGGUGGUGAGACUAGUUAUAACUGAAUACAUACGUGUCUAGCUAGAGGGCUGGGCAGCUCGGUUUAAAUGCGGUCGAUAAGUUUGUUUAGCAACUAGUGUCAGCUAAGUCAUCUCGUGAAGAAGUAAGAAAAAAAAGGGUUUUAUUUUUUAAAAAGAAGAAGGAAUAAAGUUGUAUGUCUCCUUUUGGCAUCUUUUUCAAUUAUUAUCUAAAGAUAUUUUAGAUGAAUGUAUUCAGUUAUAGUUCGUUUCAGCACUGUUUCAGUGCUCUGCUCUGGAACCACAAUACUGUACUUAAGGGGGCUGUCUGAAGAAUACAUAACAAAUCCCUGAGAUGAAUGUGAAAGAUGUAGAACACUAGUAAAGAUUUUUAAAUCAAUGCAACUCCAAUUUCUUAAUGAACAGAAUGCAGAAACAGUAUGUCCUAUUCAAUAACUACAAAUAAUGAGUUUAAUAAAGUUGCUUGACAUUUUGAAAAA